AUGGGGCGGAGGCGCUUCUCCAGUCGGGGUCGAGUGAUCACGUGCUCUGGCUUUGCUGCCCAGCUCAUUUGUUUUCUCCUACUCUGCAGCUCAUUAAAACUCAAUCUCAUUCUAGUUCUGUCGAUUUCUACUAUGCGUGUGUUUUGGUGUUAUCCGAUUCCAUCUUCUAAGGUGUCUGGAAAAUCUGAUUACUUUCUCAUCCUGCUGAACGUCUGCCCAGCCAGGAUGGACAGGAGCGAAGGACUAGAUUUUCUAAAGCCAAUUUUGGAGAAGACGUUUAUGAAAAGGUCCUUUCGCAAUGGAGUUGGCACAGGGAUGAAAAAAACUUCCUUUCAAAGAGCAAAAUCGUGAAUAAGUGUGCAAAGGACUCUGGGAAUUAAUCUCAAACUUCAUAGAGUGUGACUAAUGUGCUAAAAGUCACUGAUACCUUUAUCGUUAAGUAUUGGUAUGCUCUUAACUCUUAAAUAUAUCUUCUCUCCUAGCUGGUACAGAGUUAACUGAGUUUAAAAAAAAUGUAAACCUGUCUCAAACUUCCACUGUAAGAGAUUAAACUAUUUAGCUGGCCGAUUAGUAACUUUUCUGUGUAAGGAUGGACACAUUUGUUUUGGUAUUAAAUUGGCCAGAAAGUGCGAGCAUCUUUACUGUAAUGACAAUGGUAUGAUUUUUUUU